AUGUGCGUCCUUUUAUAUUCCUACUAUUUGAAUGCCACCCCUCUGACAGGCCGUGCUGCCCUGAGUGACCUGACCUGUAAUGACCCGUGUGCUGCCCUGAGUGACCUGACCUGUAAUGACCCGGGUGCUGCCCUGAGUGACCUGACCUGUAAUGACCCGUGUGCUGCCCUGAGUGACCUGACCUGUAAUGACCCGUGUGCUGCCCUGAGUGACCUGACCUGUAAUGACCCGGGUGCUGCCCUGAGUGACCUGACCUGUAAUGACCCGUGUGCUGCCCUGAGUGACCUGACCUGUAAUGACCCGUGUGCUGCCCUGAGUGACCUGACCUGUAAUGACCCGUGUGCUGCCCUGGGUGCCCUGACCUGUAAUGAACCUUGCGCUGCCCUGAGUGACCUGACCUAUAAUGACCCGUGUGCUGCCCUGAGUGACCUGACCUGUAAUCAUCCGUGUGCUGCCCUGGGUGACCUGACCUGUAAUGACCCGUGUGCGGCCCUGGGUGACCAAACCUGUAAUCAUCCGUGUGCUGCCCUGGGUGACCUGACCUGUAAUCAUCCGUGUGCUGCCCUGGGUGACCAAACCUGUAAUCAUCCGUGUGCUGCCCUGGGUGACCAAACCUGUAAUCACCCGUGUGCUGCCCUGGGUGACCUGACCUGUAAUGUCCCGCGUGCUGCCCUGGGUGACCUGACCUGUAAUCAUCCGUGUGCUGCCCUGGGUGACCAGACCUGUAAUCAUCCGUGUGCUGCCCUGGGUGACCUGACCUGUAAUCAUCCGUGUGCUGCCCUGGGUGACCUGACCUGUAAUCAUCCGUGUGCUGCCCUGGGUGGGACGCUUCACCAAGUAGCUACCUAG